AUGGAGGUUCGAGAUGGAUCAACUACGUCUUUCUGGUUUGAUAAUUGGAUGGGUUCAGGGAAGUUGAUUGAUGUCACAGGAGCCAUAGGCACAACAUAUUUGGGCCUACCUCGGAGAGCACUGGUGUGUGAUGCGGUCUCCAGUGAGGGCUGGAGUUUGAGGAAUAAGCGCAGCAGGAGGUUCCAGACUCUAUACAAUCAGAUACUCGCAAUCCCGGUUCCUGAUGAAGACAUGGGAGAUGAUCUGAUCCUGUGGAAGCGAGGAGAGGACGAGUUUCAAGACAGUUUCUCGACAGCAAGUACUUGGGAGCAGAUUAGGUACAAAAAGCUUAAGGUAGAAUGGUCUGAGGCUGUAUGGUUCACGCAGAGCACACCUCGGUACGCUUUUAUCACUUGGUUAGCAGUGCAAAACCGGCUUUCUACCGGAGACAGGAUGAGGAGCUGGGGUAUUACGCAGGGGUGUGGACUUUGUGGAGAAAGGGAUGAGACAAGAGAUCAUCUCUUCUUUGCUUGUCCCUACUCCUUCACUGUCUGGGAAGGUCUAGGGAGAGGGUUCUUUGGACGCAGGACCAACCCUGACUGGUAUAUCACACUCAAUGCGAUCAAACGCAAAAGGGCAAAUAGACUUGACUCCAUCCUACUCAAGAUGAUCUUCCAAACAGUCAUUUACCACAUAUGGAGAGAGAGAAACUCAAGGCGGCAUCAGGGCAACUGGGUAUCGACGAACCAAAUGCAUAAGGCCAUUGAUCGAUCGAUGAGAAAUAGGAUAGUGUCGCUUAAGUAUGGUCCGCAGCAUCGAUAUGCUGGACUGCUACAGAGAUGGUUCGAGCUCACGGCUUAG